GUUUUAGGGUUUAGGGAUUUGGAUGGAAGGAGGAGGAGUGGAGGUGGAGGAGAGGGCGAGCGUGAAGCAGUGCCGCAAGCUGCUGUACAGGAGCAUGCGCAUCGGCGUUGCGGACGGGCGGAUUUUCGUGGGUAAGUUCCACUGCCUGGACAAGCAAGGGAAUAUCAUCCUCUACGACACGCUGGAGCAGCGGCAGGGCGCGGGCACGGAGCCUCGGAGCCUGGGAUUAGUUCUCAUCCCCACGCAUUGCCGCGUUUCUUGCCAUGUCGAGUGCUCGCUGGGGGAAAAUCUCUCGGGGCUCUCUUUGAACUAAAGUCCCCUCUUUCUUUCUUCUUCGUUUCACUCUCUUUUAUUCGAUCUUUUCCUCUUGCUACUUU